AUGCGCGGCCGCGACUUCCCGCUCGUCCUGCUGGCUCUGGUCCUCUGCCAGGCGCCCCGGGGACCGGCCGCCCCGGUGUCGGCGGGCGGAGGGACCCUGCUGGCCAAGAUGUACCCGCGCGGCAACCACUGGGCGGUGGGACAUUUAAUGGGAAAAAAGAGCACAGGAGAGUCCCUGUAUGUUUAUGAGGGAGGGAGCCUGAAGGAGCAGCUGAGGGAGUACAUUCGGUGGCAGGAAGCUACAAGGAAUUUGCUAAGCCUCCUAGAAGCAAAGGGGACCAGAAGCCAUCAGCCACCUCAACGGGAGCCCCUGGGCAUUCGCCAGUCCACCUGGGAUCCAGAGGGCAGCAGCAACUUUAAAGACGUGGGAUCGAGUUGGUGGACUCUCCAGGUUCUCAGCGUGAAGGAAGGAACCCCAGGAACUGAUACUGACAACGGUGGCCUCCCUCAAAGAAGCAAAACAAAAUCCUCAAGAGACUGCGUUCUAUGGGCAUCAGUUCUACUGGGUCAUCAAGUUUCCUUUAUGCAAAAUACUUAA